AUUAAUCAGAUAUCACCAGAUAUCAUUGUAAAGCUUAGAAUCUGAAUCUAUGAUUAACUAAAGAUGCCCGUGGGCCUACUUUAGUCCUGUUUUCUUGUGGUAAGUCAUAUUUGUGAUAACACAGAGGCUCUUCUGAAAAGAAACCAUGCUCAGCGUGGAGAAACAUCUGUCUGCUUCGACCGAGAGACAUUCUAGCUUUUCUCAGUUUCAAGUUUCAGACCAUUAAGCUCCAAGUGUCAGUCAGUCAGUCACUCACUCGUGAUGGUGUUCUUCAUAUAUAUGGCCAUUUAGGCUGUAAUGAUACCCUUAACUCACUAUUCGGUUUGUCUCAUGAAUUUUGACCUAUGGUUCGAUACAACCCACGAUUUUUUUUAAAAAUAUAUCUUUUUGGAUGAUCGUUUAUAGGUAGAAUAGGGUACAAGGGUAGGCUACUAAUAAUGAUAAAAAAUGAUGUUGAAGCUUGGAAGCACUGUCACACCAUUAUCAUGUGGUUGUUUUCUGGACUGAAGGGUAACAGAAAUGUGAAAGGGUGUGUCACGAUAUUGCCUUCUUGCAUCACGAUGCAGUAUUGUGACUCAGCGUAUCACGAUUUCUCAGUUCGAUACAAUAUCGUUACAGCCCUAAUGGCUAUCGUAGCAGAAUUGCAUUGCAGUCACAUCAAGAAAUCUCAUUACAACCUUGAUAAACCCUGAUCAACAGUCCAAUUAAAAAGACAUGAAUAUGCAUUGAGAAACUGAAAUACAUUGUUCUUGCUCAUGGUCAAUAUCUCAAAUGCUGCAGCACCCUUGCAAUUAUUUUGAAUACAGAAGACAAGUCUUGUAAAUGGAAAUCUGUUUUCAUUGAGGCAUAUAAUUUAAUUCCUUAAGAUAUUAAUACUUUUUAUCUGUAGGAAAAACAAUCACAAGUGUACAUUGCUGAAUAUCAGAUCAUUCAAGUUUGUUGCCAUUCAUUCAUAGAUCCAUCUAUGAAUAUAUUGGCCGUUUUCAACAGUUCGUUAAGUCUGCCUGCCUUGCCACCUUGUUGCCUUAGAAUAGCCUGGCUGAAUGCAGUUGUUUUGAUUGAUGGCAUGGAAUGUCAAUGACAGAGAAGCUGGCAUCACAACCAGAGCUUGGUGCAACAUUAGGGAUCGGAUGACGUGGCACUAUACUUUGGACAUGGGACACCUGAAAGCUGGGAAAUCACUUGUUGAAUUGAACUUAAAACAUACACUACAUGCUCAUUAACUAAAACUAGUUUAGCUUGUCGCUUUGGGUCAUUCUAUAGCCAAUAUUUUACAAUUAUUCUCAUUAUUUCAUUAUAUGUUAAUAUAAGAUUCUAUUUGAAUGUUGAUGCGCACAGUAAUCAACAGAAAAAGUAUUCUACUACAUUUCCUAUUGGGGUGUUGUAGGCAGUUGAGUUCAAUACACAACAAUGUCAAAACUCCCUCUGUUUGAUUUCCUGUAAUUCUACCUCAGUGGGUAAAAAUAUUAGCUGGGGGUUGCUGGUCAGGAGAAACUGUAGAAGCGCAGUUCCUGCUUGAAGUGGCAACAGAGUCUUCAAGUGGCCACAGGAUCCACAGCAAGCUCACACUCACUCAGGACAGACAUAACAGAAGAACUUCUCAGAGUUUCUUCCUCAGACUUCUCAAAUCUGGACUGAAAUCUGAACUGAAAUAUCUGACAUUGGUUUCGUAUGGCUUGGCGGUGGAGCAGACUUCCCAGUGGCUUAGGCAAGCGACUGUAAAUUUGCCUUCAAAUGUUUCAGUCUUCAGCCGGCUGCCUCAGUGCCAUGCUCUGUGGCUGAGGCUGAGGCUGAAUAUACCCCCUGCUCCUUAAAGAGGCAGACCACGGGGGGGCUGUGCUCCCUUCUACUCCCCUCUGCUCCACUCCACUCUUGUCUGCUCUGCCUUGCUCAACUCUGCUCUGCUCUUCUCUUCUUUUCUCUUCUUGGGAGUCGGUGCUUUUCCUUCAGAGUACAUCUGACCUCUCCUGGCCAUCAGCCACCCAGCAGCCAUGACAGGAAUGUAGGUUGUCACCGGAGCUAUUUUGACUAUGUGUUCCUGCUAAUGAUUCUAAUCACUGAGCGGGACACAUAGCAGUUGUGUUUGCUUCUGCUUCUUCUACGGCUCCCCCUGUUUUUUUUCCAACUCAACCCAAGCAAAAAGGAUUCAUAACAAUGUUGUCUUGCUUCCCACUGGAUCUGUGGGAUUAACGUUGGGAGUCAAGAGAGAGUGAAGAGUUACGCGGUCAGAGAGAGACGCCGCUACCGCAUGGCACGCCGGCUCCGCUUGCACUUCGCGACGAGGAGGAGCAACACUGAUCCUCUGUCUGAGAGCUGCUGCGGCCGCGGGGAGGAGCAGGAGCCGGAGGGAGAGGGUGGGCUGGGAACGUCUCCCCGCGGCCCCACCGAGAGCCUGGCACAGCACAGCUCCGUCCACAUGAAGGUGAGGCCGGGGCAGCUGGCCCUGGCUCUGCCCCCGCUGUCACCCGAGUACGGGAAUUUACAGCGCUACUCGUCCGUGUUUAUACCGAAGGUAAAUGCCGGCUCCGUGCCCAGCCACAAGAAGACCACUUUGCAGAUCUCGCUGCAGCCCUCCUCGCGGCUGACUGGUGAGCUGGAGGGGGGUGUAUCAGGAGAGGAUGGAGAGAAGAUUGAGCUGGGCGAGGGUGUUGUUGGCGUAAACUCCGAUGGCGGGUCGUGCAGCAGCAGCACGGCCAGCGAUGCGGGGUAUUGCAGCAGCAGCAGCAUAUUCGAGCCUGAGCUGCUGGAGCGGAGGGCAGCGGUGACGGGGGCACUCGCCGGCGAGUCUGCCGUGCUCCGCCGUAAAUCUCGGGCACCACUGAGGCGUUGCUCCUCGCUGGUGAUCUUCCCCAACAGCCCCUGCAACACGCCGCCAGCCUCGCCCGUCAGCCCGGUCGCUCUGCCCGUGGUGCCGCCCCCUCCCCCGGCUCGCGGCUCGUUCCAGACCUCCCACCAGCUGCAGUUGUCUCCCGGCGAUGCGGCUCCGGAUGACCCGCAGGCGAACUCCAAGGGAUCUGUCGCCACGGCACUCAGCGGGCUGCGGCUGUCCAAGAACAGCUGCGCGUCAGCUGAGCUGCGGGAUGCCAGGCCCAUGGUGCACUUCUGCCUCCCCGAGCCGCACAGCGAGACUGCUACUGUACAUUUCAGCAUCCCGGAACCAGACAGGCCAGACCAGACAACAGCAACUGACAACAGCAGCGAGACUGCUGUGCAUUUUAGCCUCUCCGAACCACACAGGCCAGAACAGACAGUGACUACUGACAACUGCAGCGAGCCUGCUGUUCAUGUCAGCAUCCCCGAACCCGACAGGCCGUACAACACAGAAACAACUGACAACUGCAGCGAGACUGCUAUUGUCAGUGCUGUGGAAGAGGACUCAUGUGCACACAUGGAACGAGCGGAGAGACACUCCAGCGUUCUUUUGCACUUUGCCAACCAGUGGACGGCACCUUUGGUAAAGGAGAAUCACGGCAAUCUUGUGCUGAAUGUUGACUCCUUUGGCAACACCUGUGAUGAGCCUGAUGAGACUGUUGAAAAGCCCAGAAUGGGUGCCGUGAAACUUUUCCGCAGCACCUCCGCUUGCUUGUUGCCCACGUCCAAACUCUCAGAAAAGACAAGUAAUAUUUGUGUAGAUACAGUGGAAGAGAAGGGAUGGCACCAUGCUUUUCAGCGGAGCAUUUCUUUGGAAGUACCCUACGCAAACACAGGGAUAUCUUGCCACGUUUCCAAACCAUCGUACUCAAGCCUGACAAAAGGCUCUCCCCAUGUUCAUAUACACGUAUCCCGCAGACCCAGGGUGGAGAGGACAGGAUCUUUUAAGGAUACUAACACAAAUAGUGAAAAAAAGGAUCAGCCCCACACCAACGACGGAGGACACAGCUUAACUCGAGAUGACUUUCUGGGUCAAGUGGAUGUGCCUUUGCACCAAAUACCAACAGAAAACCCCAACACAGAGAGACCAUACACAUUUAAGGAUUUUCUACUUCAUCCCAGAAGCCACAAAUCCCGAGUGAAGGGCCACCUACGUCUGAAGAUGACAUACCUGCCUAAGAACAACGGCUCCGAGGACGACAGCUGUGAGCAAAACGAGGAAAUGGAUCCUGGCUGGGAGUUCCUUGAGAGCCAUGAUGGGUAUGGGCCAAGGGACCACCACCAGCUGCCAGCACUGCCCCCUGGCUGGGAGGAGAGGCAGGACAACCUGGGCAGGACCUACUAUGUCAACCACGAGAGCAGGACCACACAGUGGCAGAGGCCCACCUUACAGGACAGCCAAGUGGAGGCGGAGCAGCGUCAGCACAGUCACCAGGAGGCCCAGCGUGCCUUCAUCACGCGCCGGCAGAUCUCCGAGCACGAGGAGACGUCGCAGCCGGGAGAGCGCCACGAGUCGCCCGAGAGCUGGGAGAUCAUCACCGAGGACGAGAACGCCAUGUUCAGCGCCAGCCACAGCCCCAGCCCCAGCCCGGGCCCUGGAGGAGGAGGAGGAGCACUAGGAGCAUUAGGAGGAGGACACAGUCACAGUGGACGCUCCUCUCCAUCGCCCCUCUCGCCCAUAGAGGUCCAGUCCUUCAGCGAGGAGCUGAGCCGACUCCGGACCAGCUCUGCCACCACGCCCACCGACCACAGACGCACCUCACUCACCGCCCAGGGCCACUCCAGUCGCAGAGGAAGUGGCCAGACCCUGACAGUGGAGGAGCAUCCUGUUCACCCAGUGUUGCUGCCCACAUCUCUGGGCCUUCCCCCGGGCUGGGAGGAGAAACGCGACUCCAAGGGUCGAGUUUACUUCGUUAACCACAACAACAGAACCACCUCAUGGACGCGGCCGCUCAUUCAGACGACUCCAGAAGCAGCCCAGGCAGCUCUGUCUCAAGCGUCCUGCGUCCCCCAGGCUGGAGGUGCGAGUGGUGGUGCCUCAGCCUCCGUCUCUGCACCCACCACCCCGCAGUCCCCUCCAGCCAUGUCCCCUGCCGCCAUGUCCCAGUCCCCGGGGGGCUUCCCUCCUCUGUCCCCGGGGGGCUUCCCUCCGUCCAUCUCCAUGCUGUCCCCUGAGUCGUCCCCGCUGCACUCCCCGGGCCACAGGGAGCACCCGUACGGCCCAGGGGGGGAGUGCGGCUUCCUGCCCGCGGGGUGGGAGGUGCGUAGUGCCCCCAACGGACGACCCUUCUUCAUCGACCACAACACCAAGACCACCACAUGGGAAGACCCUCGGCUGAAAAUCCCAGUGCACAUGCGGAAACAGCCAUCGCUCGACCCCGGAGACCUGGGGCCUCUACCACCUGGAUGGGAGGAGCGAGUUCACAGCGACGGACGGAUAUUCUACAUUGAUCACAACACCAAGACCACCCAGUGGGAUGAUCCCAGAUUGCAGAAUUCUGCCAUUACUGGACCAGCAGUGCCUUACUCCAGAGAUUACAAACAGAAGUAUGAAUAUUUCCGAAAGAAGUUGAAGAAACCGGCGGACAUCCCUAACCGGUUUGAGAUGAAGCUCCACAGGAACGCGGUGCUGGAAGACUCCUACAGACGCAUCCUGUCCGUCAAACGGCCCGACGUCCUGAAGGCCCGCCUCUGGGUGGAGUUUGAGGGCGAGAAGGGGCUGGACUAUGGGGGCGUGGCCAGGGAGUGGUUCUUCCUCAUCUCCAAGGAGAUGUUCAACCCUUAUUAUGGGCUGUUUGAGUACUCUGCAACGGACAACUACACUCUGCAGAUAAACCCCAACUCAGGCCUGUGUAACGAGGAUCACCUGUCCUAUUUCAAGUUUAUCGGCCGUGUGGCGGGCAUGGCUGUCUACCACGGCAAACUGCUGGAUGCCUUCUUCAUCCGUCCCUUCUACAAGAUGAUGCUUCAGAAGCAGAUAGUACUGCAGGACAUGGAGUCUGUGGACAGUGAGUACUUCAACUCCCUGAAGUGGAUCCUGGAGAACGACCCUACGGAUCUGGACCUCAGGUUCACCAUUGAUGAGGACCUGUUUGGGCAGACUCACCAGCAUGAGCUCACUCCAGGAGGGGCGGACAUCAUUGUCACUGACAUGAACAAGAAGGAGUACAUCCAUCUGGUGAUGCAGUGGAGGUUUGUCAACCGCAUUCUGAAGCAGAUGACGGCCUUCAAAGAGGGCUUUUAUGAGCUCAUACCACAGGACCUCAUCAAGAUCUUCGAUGAGAAUGAGCUGGAGCUGCUGAUGUGUGGUCUGGGAGAUGUGGACGUGAAUGACUGGAGAGAAAACACCAAAUACAAGAACAGCUACAGCUCCAACCACCCCGUCAUCCUCUGGUUCUGGAAGACGGUGCUCCUGAUGGAUGCUGAGAAGCGUAUCCGCCUGCUGCAGUUCGUCACGGGGACGUCCAGAGUGCCCAUGAAUGGCUUUGCAGAACUCUAUGGCUCCAACGGUCCACAGUUGUUCACCAUCGAACAGUGGGGCACACGCGACAAACUCCCCCGAGCCCACACAUGCUUCAACCGGUUGGACCUCCCUCCCUAUGAGGCCUUUGAGGAACUGCGAGAGAAGCUUCACAUCGCCAUAGAGAAUGCCCAGGGCUUCGACGGGGUGGACUAACACUUGCUACCCUGCUUCCCUGCCGUUGUGCUCUAUCUGGAACGUUGCCAGCGUCCGUCCGCGUGGUGUUUUGUGAAGCAACUUCAGAAGGGAGGGGGGUGACGUCGUACAGUAGACCCUCUCCAUGGACUCGGUAGACAAUCGUGUGAGAUGUUUGGGGUGAUGCUGUGAGGACAUAUCCAGCGCUAAGACACUCCUGGUGCACCCAGAGCCCUCUGCUCCUCUCCACUACUCUCCUCUCCUGCUUAGCCCUUCUGUUCAGCCAUCCUGAGGGGAGGGAAGGGAGGUGUACCAUUAUCUUAAGUCUCUAUAUCACUACUCAUUACAGACGUUUACAUCAAUCGUGUUUUUUUAUUUUCAAAAAUAUCAUGCCAUUAUAUACUGUACAGACCAUGUGUAUGCUUUUUCUUGGAAACAUCAGUCGGAGGCUUUUGAGCUCCGCCGUGCUUUGGGGCGCUGCAGUCGUAGUGAUCAAUAUCAGUGUAUCUACGAAUACAUAAUCUCGGGAAGAGCUACACGUAUCGUGGCUAGACUAGUGGGUGUACUAAUUUUUAAUCUUUUUUUACAAUAUCAGGGGCCUCGUUUAUAAAAUGACUUGUAAAAUGUUACAAGUGUGCCCAAACUUCACAAAGAAGAAUUCUUAUGUACAAGACCCCUUAUGAAGCACAACUGUCUACAAGCUGCUUCUUAGAAGCUCCUAAUGUGUGCUGAAAAUGUUGUGGUUUUGAGAGUAGUGUGUGUGUGGCUGCAUGACUGAUAACCAACCGACUGUUGCCCCACACCCUAUUCCAAGAAAAAAAUCUCAUCAAAAAUGGCUCAUGAGCAUGCUAGGAAGUACUAGAACUAAAUCGCUGACUAAAAUGGUUCAUCAGGAUUGCUAGUAAUAGUGUAUAAGCCGUUUCAUUUUCUGUUACCUUUCUUGGACUUGAAAACGACACAAUGAGUUGACUAGUCAUGAAAGGAGGUGAUGGAUAUGAAAUGCAAGCUGAAGUUUUGGUGAGAGAGAGAGCCGUCUUUUGUAUGUGAACUAUUACUGCUACUGUGAAAAAUACUGCCCUUCAGAGCCAAAAGGCAGGACGACACUGCACCACUUUUGCUUCUUGAUCUUAAAAGAACAUACAAAACCAUGACCACUAUUAUGCCUGCAUUAUGUGUGACAGGACAGUGUCAAAACAUAUAAAGGGAUUUCUGUUAGUUUCUAUGUUCACGUAAAUUACUGCAGAGUAGUUCUGCAAUAACAAUCUCUUUACAUGCUGAUUAAUUCUUAAAAGUUUAAGUAACCAAUGCCCAUGUAGCUUUACCUAUAAUAGGUCAGGCAGCACAAGGCACAAAACCAGUACUUGGAUGAAAUAAAACCAUGCCAAUGGUAAUGUGUGGGCAUUUGAUGAUGUGAUAUUCGCCGUAUGCUAUGAUUGCCUCUGGAAGAUCGCCCUAGUGUCAAGUCAAAAGUACGCAAGAAAGAAAUAAAGAAAAAAGGCUACAUUUAGAGUAACAUUCACAUUUACCAUGUUUCCAUAUCCUAUUGUAAUUUCUCAUCAUUUUUCAUUUUCAUUAAUAGCCAUAGUUGACAGCCAUGACAGACUUCUAGGUCAAGAAAGUUUGUACCUUUUUAGCUUUCUGUAUCUUAAUAAUUCCCAUUCCCUCAAGUAAACACAGGCUUUAUAGAAUUUCUGUCAUGCCAGUUAGUGCAAGUAGGUCUACGUACAUCAGUGGCAAUAUCUUUACUGAGGUUCACAUGGUUUUCUGAGGUUGUGCAUGCCGUGUAGUGUUGCCACAGUAGUGUUACAUACAGUACCCUUUAUCUUGUGAAAUGACAAAGUCGGUGACGUUAUGAAAUGCAUCCUAUACUGUUAGAAGCUAAACUGGGCUUGAUGUUGUUGACUCAAACAUUACAUGUGGCUGAAGUCUUUGUGACAGGCACUUUAUGCAUGGGUGAAAGGAUUUGUAGAAGUAUGCACAUUUUUAUACAUAGAAUUUGUAGAAAUUUCUGAGAACAGAUUAACACAUUUCAUCCCCAAUUUCCAGCGUUUACAUAACUUUCUUUUCGUAUAUGGCAGUCUUUUAUAAAUGAGGCCCCAGGUUUUAUGGUAAAACUACAAGUAUCCCUUAAAUAAGGAUCGAUAAAGGCAUAUUGUCAACAAAUGUACAAUCAUAGGCCAUGUCCACAGAUCUGAUGACAGUAGAAAAGCUUCCUCUUUUUUCUUCUUGUUAUUAUUAGUACUUAACAGUAUGUGAGUUUCAAUGCUGGGACUAGACUUGAACCUGAACACCAUUACUGUCUGUUGGAAAGCAGUGUUCAGAUGUUCUCCUGUAGUCAUACUGGUUAUCAUGAACUCUGCUAAGGGGUUGCCUCCUCUCUUCUCUCUUCUCUUCUCUUCUCUUCUCUUCUCUUCUCUUCUCUUCUCUUCUCUUCUCUUCUCUUCUCUUCUCUUCUCUUCUCUUCUCUUCUCUUCUCUUCUCUUCUCUUCUCUUCCCUCUGCCGCCUUGCUGUAUUCUCUGCACAACAAGUAUUGUGGUCUUUAACCUCCACAGUAUAGCAGUAAUUAAAUACAGCACUGUUGUGGUCUUUACCAAGUAUUGUGGGCUUUACCAAGAAUUAUUGGCUUUGACAUCACAGCUUCUAGCUCCACGCCAAACCCUUUCAAGCUAUAGGUUUGUAUGAUCUGAUAAAAGAGUAGGAAAAAAACUCACUCGUUUACACUCUGCUGUCUGUUUACAGAUGACUGAAAAUGUGCUUGACAAAAAAAACCUUCUCUUUUAAUCUACUUUUAUACUCUUGUUUUGUUUUGUGGGUUCUAUUUUGUUUUUGUUAUGCCAUUUUGGAAUUUCAGGCACUUUUUUAACAAGAAAAAAGGACAAAAAGAACUUUGUUAGUCUUACUUGAUCUUUGCCAGUCAGCUCUUUUCAAAUCGCUGUUAAGUAUCUUGGCUUGACCUGACCUGUACAUUUGACUUGAGUUAAUGUUUACAUGUAAACAUUGCUGAUAUUAAGCACAUUCUUUCUCCUCACCUGUAAUUUACCGUGACUGUUAAAUUACAAUGCCUUUAAAAAUUGUAAGAUAAGCUUUUAUCAAAGUCGAAUUGUAAUAACGUAUAUUGUUAACAUUUGAAAGAAAUAUUGUGAAAUAUCAUUAUAAUAUUGUAUAAUUAAGGGUUAUGUCGAGAUUAGAUUGUAUAAUUUAUAUACAUGCCUGUCAUUUGGACAGAGAUGAGCGCGUUUUGUAUUGGUGUGAAAACCGGAAGGAAGUACCUUAUUUAGGUUGAAGGAAAUGUUAACUUUUUUCCCCUAGCAUGUCAAAAAUUAUUGGCAUAUUUUUGAAAUAAAUACAUAAAUAAAAGAAAAUUUCUCAUCUUA